UGGUUCGCAGGGGCCGUGAAGAUCAAUGUCAGCCUCGUGCCGCCUCUCGUCCUGCUGCCCGUCUUCCUCCACGUUGCUGCCCUGCACUUCCUGCUGGGGCUGGUCAUCUUGACGUCCCUGCCCGUCGUGGUGCUGUGGUAUUACUACCUCACCCACAGGAGGAAGGAGCGGACUCUCUUCUUCUUGAGCCUGGGGCUCUUCUCCUUGGGAUACAUGUACUAUGUGUUUCUCCAGGAGGUGGUUCCACGAGGCCACGUGGGGUAUUCCCAAGUGGUUGCUCUGACGUGCGGGUUAAUUCUUAUGCUUGCAGCCCUGUCUCGAGCCAAGAAAGACCCCGGCUACCUUCCCGUCCCAGCAAGCAGGGAGAAGUCAUUGCAGCAGGGUUUGCCCAGCAAGAGUGUUAGGGGGAGCUCCAAUGGGCUCCAUGCGUCAGGAGCUGCCAGCGGCCGUGCUGUGAAUGGCGAGGCUCAGGGCUAUGCCCGGAUGUCAGCUGAGGAGCCAGAAGGUGUGAAAAAGGACUGGUGUGCUAGGUGCCAGCUGGUCAGACCAGCCCGAGCGGGGCACUGCCGGCUUUGUGGCAGGGGGGGACACUGUGUCUGGAUUAACAGCUGUGUAGGGGAGCGGAACCACCAAGCAUUCAUCCUUGCCCUCUCCUUCUUCAUGCUCACCUCUGUGUAUGGGAUUACACUGACCCUCCACACCGUUUGUAGGGGCCGAACUCCAUUUGUGGCAUUGUUCUACUGCCCCGGGGCCUAUUCUGACUACAGCUCUGCUCUGUCGUUCACCUGUGUGUGGUACUGUGCCAUUGUAACAGCUGGCAUGGGAUACAUCCUCCUUAUCCAGCUGUUGAACAUCAGCUACAACGUGACUGAGAGGGAAGCUCGGCUGGCUCUGCGGGACAACACUGGGCGCAGGCUUCUGGGUGGGUUGGUGAUAGACACUGGUCAGUAUAAUAGGGGUUUCCUAUGCAACUGGGGACAUUUCUUGAGCCUGGGGUCUUCUUCUCCACAGCGCUCUGCUGAAGACAUUGUGUGACCCCCCUCUUUCUGCAGAUGACUUUGACUGACUUUCUUUGGUAGGGGAAUGGCCCCUUCCACUAUGACUCCCUCUUCCCAUACUCUUCUUCAUGGUUGGUGUAUGGGCUGCGUAUCCCAUCACUGACAACAUCAGAGGCUUUCCCAGGCAGAACGGCUCUUCACGUGCUGCCAGCCAGCAAUAGGAUGCAGAAACCAGUAAGCCAUAUGCACAAAUCUGAAGAGGAGGAGCCUGCUGCCUUUUUUCCACUGCGGGGAACUUUGCGCAGCUCAACUCAUCAGGAAGAAGAGAACAAGGUUUUGAGA